AUGGAGCAAAAUCAUCGUCUUGCACAUGCUUCCAGUGAGCCGUUCGCUCAUCCGGAACAGUAUCGUCGUUUGGUUGGUCGUUUGGUUUACUUGUCGGUCACUCGACCGGAGUUGAGUUAUUCAAUGCAUGUUUUGGCACAAUUUUUGAGUGUUCCACAGGUUUUUCAUUGGGAUGUGUCUAUUCGUGUCUUGCGCUAUCUUAAGGGUAGUCUGGGACAAGGUAUUUUGUUGCGACCUACGACAGAUUUAUACUUGAUGGCGUUUUGUGAUAGUGAUUGGGCGGCGUGCCCGUUGAGUCGGCGUUCCUUGUUAGGUUAUUUUGUUUUCUUAGGUCGUUCCCCCGUUUCUUGGAAGACUAAGAAACAGCCUACUGUAGCCACAUCCUCUUCUGAAGCCGAAUACAGAUCUAUGUCCCUCACUUCUCGUGAGUUGAAAUGGUUGAAGAUGUUGUUGUUUGUUCUUGGUGUUAAGCAUUCAAAGCCUAUGCAGUUGUUUUGUGAUAAUCAGUCGGCUUUGCAUAUAGCCAAGAAUCCGGCCGGUCAUCAGUUGGCAGAUAUUCUCACCACGGCUCUUGGUCGUCAGCAGUUUGGUUUUCUCUUACGCAAGUUGGGCAUUCGUGAUUUACAUGCUCCAACUUGA